AUGGAGUCCUCUCCGGUCGUCAAGGCUCACGACCAUGCCGCCGCAGCCGCCGUUGCAACCCGCCAGUCUGCUGACACGACCGUCGCCAUCAACGAGCACACCCUCGCCGCCGGCGAAUUUGCCAAUGCCGCCCGCAACACCACCAGCGUGGAAGCCCUUCGUACUCUGAAGCUUCUCGAGGAGCACCAUCGACGCCUUGCUGAGCUCCUCAACUUGCAGCCGGACCCCGUCUCCCAGAACGGCGAAGAGCAUGUCAGCGAGAAGCCAUCGCUCGACGAAAAGAACAGCUCGCCCACCCAGCAGUCCGGCAAGAAGAUGCCCAGUCUGACACAGAAGGGGUUCGCGGCUCGCGAAAUGUCGUCUUCGAUUGCGAGCAACCUGGCUUCCGCGAGGGGAAUCCGGUCCAAGUAUCGAGGACAGCCGCUCAGCCCGAGCAUUUCCAAUGACCAGGCUCCUGGAAACGUGGACCCGCAUCCUCGCCGCCAUGGGUCGAGGUCCAAGAUGCAGAGCAUCAUCGACACGCAGCCUGGCAAGCCUACUUGGGUCCCGCCCAUGGCUCCCCCCAAGACGGAGCCCCGCGCCAAAAAGAGCCCUGCUUCUGAGCCCUGGGCCGAUCAAGCCACGGCUUCGGCAGUCGUGAGCGAAGACGCCGGGUACGCUCGGUUCUACAAUACCUUCGGGAGCCUCAUCAACAAGAUCUCUGCCCCUCUCGCUUUCGCCGGUCUCCCCCUGAUCCAGGAGGAGCCCGUGCAUGAACCGUCCACGAUUGAGCAGCCCGUCGAAUCGUCCCCCCCGAAGCGCAGGGCUCCGCGCCAACCGCCAACCUCGUUCAACCUGGACCCGGACCUGUCAAAGAUAUACUCAAAGGCUACCAUGCGCGCCCUCGCCCGCGAGGGCCACCCUACCAACGAGUCCUUCUACGUCGUCCCCACCACCGGCCACACCCUGUCCUACGCCAACAUCCUGACAUAUGCUGAAAAGGAGAAGCGUCGUCUCGGCGCAUCGCUGCACAGCAACGACACAGACCACUCUCGCCCGGAAGACGAAGACGACGACUUUGUGGAUGCUCGCGAGACACUCGUCCCCGUCUCCUCUGGCAGCAAACGCAGGCUGGGCACGGCGCAUAAAACUGAAAAGGACCUCCGGAAUACCAUUGAAGAACUCAGCCUGCAGAACAGAUCCUUAAAGGACACACUGGACGUUGUGUCGAAGCGUCUGCACGCAUUCGAGGCGAGCUCCCAAAACUCAGCAAUGGCUCUCGCAGAGUCGUACCGCGUAAUGAGACCCGGCUCGCCGACUGCCCCGGCACAUGCGGCAAACGUGGCUGGGGAUGAAGCGCUGCGCAGGAAGACACUCGACAUGGAAGAGCAACUGGCCGCCGCCAUGAAACAAACGGAGCGGCUGGAGAAGGACAAUCGGAAAAUGCAAAAGACGCUGGACAAGUACCGGGAGAAGUGGGAAGCGUUGAAAGCCGGUGCCAAGGCAAGGAGGGGGGGCAAGUCGGCAGAAGGUGAAGUCGUCUAG